UUUUUACUGUUUUAGACUAGUUAUUGCGAAAUGUCGGAAGAGAAAAGUGAUGAUAAAACUAUUCUGCCUCACCAUGAGCAGCAGCAACUCUGUACAACUAGGCUGCCCUACCGUCAAGGCCGAAAACUCACUGCUGUUAAGGUUUAUACGAUCAACAGCGAAUCUAACCACCUCCUAAUAUUCGGGGUCCCGUCCCUCAAUCUCCGACAAGAAGCUAAAGCACUUUUUCAGAAAUUUGGAAGGUUAAAAUCAUUUAUUUUGGCAAAGGACUACAAAAGUGAACAGUUUACUGAGACCUACCAUGCUGUUUUCGAGAAAAUACAAUCCGCUAGAGUCGCUAAGAGGAUGUUAGAUACUAAAAACUUCUAUGGAGGUUCCUUGCAUGUAACCUAUGCUCCGGAAUUGGAAGAUUUAGAUGAAACAAGAAUUAAACUGAUGCAAAGAAAACAUGAUGUUUUAACUCGGCUGAAAAACUUGCAAAAUGAACAAGAUAUAAUUGUCAAAAAAGUUGAAAUUGAGCCAGAGGUUGAGCAAAUUGCGCCAAAACUAAAUAUGGGUGAAACUAAUGUGAUUUCUCAAGAUGGUUCCGUCAGAAAACGAAAAUCCAAAGAACAUGUAGAAGAGAAAAGAUAUAAACCCUGUUUUAUCACAAAUGAAGUUAAAUCUAAAGAUGUAGGUGAAAGCGCUACUAAUUUUGUAGAUAGACUUCCAAAAGUAACUGUAGAAAAGCCUAAUAGACUUGAUACAAUAGAUAAUAACAUAGAAAUAGUUGAUUGUACUUCCACAGACAUAGAAACUAUUACAAAUGUGAAUGAACAUGACAACAUGAAAGAUGGUGUUAAAAUUUAUAAAAUACCAGAAAAACCUUUAAAUAAAAUCAAAUUUAAUGUAAAUAAAAAGAGUUAGGUUUAAAUAA